UCGUUUUUCCUUCCUACGAAUAGUUUGUGUUUGUAGUUGGUUAACGUUGGCCUGUUUUUUUUUGGGUUUUUUUUGUAGCUGCUAGGAUUGUAUAUUUAUGCACGGCUGCACAUAUAAGUGAAAGACUCUAACCUAAUCAACCGUAAUGUAAUAGUACGUAUAUAUGUAAUAAAUACGUGUGUAAUGGCUAGAGCUGAUGUAGCUAAUGUUUCUGCUAAACCCGUAUCGAGUCCUGUCUACCCGGGUUCAGAAGGACCGGACACUGGAGACUUGGGUUAGUUAACCUGGAUGGAUGGAUGGAUGGAUAUGUGAAGGACUGGAGUUUGUGAGCACUUGCAGUUUCUCCAGCAAAACUCACCACGGCGGCGGACAUCAAGCCCAUCGUGUGCAGGGUGGUGAUCUACCUACAGAGGGACAUGUCGGGGGAGAGCUGUCUGCACCAGCCUCACCCACAGGCUGGUCCCAUUGUGUCCGUUUCUUCAGUGCCUUGUCCUAAGACCAAGACCUACAGUUACCGUGGUGCGGUGGGCAAUAAGUAUGUGCGCCUUAACGUUGGAGGAGAUCUCUACUACUCCACUGUUCAAGUGCUUACGCGGCAGGAUACCUUGCUAAAGUUGAUGUUCAGCGGUAAGAUGGAGGUUUUCACAGACAAGGAAGGUUGGAUUUUGAUAGACCGCUGUGGGAAACACUUUGGUUUGAUACUGAACUACUUGCGGGAUGGAAGUCUGACUUUGCCCAAGAGCAGACAGGGUAUCAUGGAGCUUUUGGCCGAGGCCAAGUACUAUCACAUCCAAGGCCUGGUGGACUUGUGUCAGCAUGCUGUUCAGGAUAAUAAACAGAAGGCUCUGUGUGUUAUACCUGUCAUCACUUCUCCCAAAGAAGAAGAGAGACUGAUACAAGGCUGUACAAGGCCGGUGGUGAAACUUCUCUAUAAUAGAGGCAACAACAAGUAUUCUUAUACAAGCAACUCGGAUGACAACUUGCUCAAGAAUAUCGAGCUGUUUGAGAAGUUGUCCCUGAGCUACAAUGGACGUGUACUGUUUAUAAAGGACGUGAUUGGAGAUGAGAUCUGCUGCUGGUCUUUCUAUGGGCAGGGCCGUAAAUUAGCAGAAGUUUGCUGCACAUCCAUUGUCUAUGCUACUGAGAAGAAACAGACCAAGGUUGAGUUUCCCGAGGCACGCAUCUACGAAGAGACACUAAAUGCACUGCUGUAUGAAACGCUUCCGGUGCCAGACAACUUUCUCCUGGAGGCGAUACGCCGACACGCCCACUGCUGCUCUCACAGCGAGGACGACGAGGCAGUGGAAUUGAGGGAACGCGUACGGCGCAUACACAUCAAAAGAUACAGCACCUAUGAUGACAGACCACUUGGACACUAGCUGUGGGCACAAGCUUCGGGUCUCUUCCCUCCACUUGUGCCUCUGUUUUUGUUCGGCUGUGGGCGAACGCUCACGCUGUCCGUUGAGUGCUUAGAACUUGCACUGUGCAGAACAUUUCUUGGUGUCCUGCUGUUGAGUGUGACAUACUGAGGGUGAGAGAUGCAGCCCACACUGUGGAAGGACUGUCAUUCACCCCCUUCCAUUGAAGGCAGGUGUUUUGGUCAAGGUACGUGAGCUAUUGUGCCAACCCACUUGACACAAAUUCUCAACGAAUGUAUGGGCAUUUGAAAGGUACUUGUUUUUAGGAAAAACAAAAACCACACACUUGCCAGUUUUUUGAUGACGUAAACGUAAUAAGUGUACUGAACACUGUGCAAGUGUGAGCUUUCGCCCACGGCCAAACGUCUGUGAAUUACCACACUACCAGCAAAUCUCUUAGACAAUAUUUAACCACUGUUUAACUCACUGCCACAUCAUGAUUGUUUGCUUGGUCGGUUGUGUCAUGACAAUCUGGUUGAAAGCCUAAUCGAUUCGUGGUUCAGUAUUUUCAAUCAGACAUCUGUGGAGUUCAUCUAGCUGGAAUUUAACUCUUACCUCUUUCAAAAUGUUUGAGGAGCAAUGACUCCCUGUAAACACUAGAUUAGAAUAAGAUCUGAGAUUAACACUAAAUUUGUUUAAAUGAAUUUUUAAAAAUUAACCCUUCAGAGUGAACACAAAUGGGUUUACUGGUUUGAGGUUCACUUAGUAUUUUAAUGUUGGCCACCUUUCUUAAAAUUUGAAUAAAACCAUUGGGAAUUGGUUAAGAAGCAACUUUGCAUCUUAAGAUGCCUUAGUCACAUUUGUUUCUUCUUGCAUUUUAGUUAAAUGCAGAUGUGAGCCCAAUGUUACAAUUUGAAUGAAUAAAAAUAGAAUUCAGAAUGUUUUUUCACUCUUUGGGAAUAUUGAUUAAAUUCAGUGUAUUUUGUUUAAAGUAUAGAUUUAUUUUAUCAAGAAAUUCAUACUAUUCACAAAGUACUUUUUUUAAUAGGACUACUUGUGCCUCAAAUAUCUGCUUUAUAUUUUAUAUAGAACAUACUUGUUAAAGAUAUUAAAAGCUGUUGGAAUAUA